ACUGGAAGAGAGAGAGAGAGAGGCCUUCGAUUUUGAAUUCUUUCCGCACGAUUCAAAAUCCCCAAAAACAAAGAAAAACGACACCGUUUUUGUCUCAUUCCAAUACCAAAAAAAAAAAAAAAAAUCCCACCGAAGCACAGCACAGUAACAUCGUUUCUUUCUCUCUUCUUCUCAUUUCUGAUAUCUCUUCUUCUUCACGCUCACACAUCCACACGAUACCGCUCCACCACCGUCCCUCCUCCGGCGACGAACUUCCGGCGAGCUCUCCAGAGCUACGGGCUUAGCCCAAUAUCAACAUCACUGAAAAUGAAGGUAUUGAGUUUAUUGGCUUAGUACAAAGCACAUGUGAUUUGGUCAGCAAAAAUGUCCCUUUUAAGUAGGUUCUUUUACAGAAGACCCCCAGAUGGCUUGCUUGAAUUUGUUGACAGAGUAUAUGUUUUUGAUUCGUGUUUUUCCACCGAAGUCUUGCCUGAUGGAAUGUACCAAAUAUACUUGCAUGAAAUCAUAACUGAGUUACAUGAGGAAUUCCCAGGCUCAUCAUUUCUUGCGUUCAAUUUCCGUGAGGGUGAGAAACGGAGCCAGUUUGCGGAAAUUCUAUGUGAAUAUGAUGUUACCAUUAUGGAUUAUCCAAGACAGUAUGAGGGCUGCCCUCUCCUUCCAUUAUCUUUGAUUCAACAUUUUCUUCGUGUUUGUGAGAGUUGGCUUUCACUUGGGAAUCAACAGAAUAUUAUUCUUCUACAUUGUGAGAGGGGGGGUUGGCCACUCUUGGCAUUCCUCUUAGCUAGCUUUUUGAUCUUUCAAAAACUGCAUAGUGGAGAACGCAAGACUCUUGAAAUUGUGCAUCGAGAGGCUCCUAAAGGCUUCUUGCAGCUCUUGUCUCCUUUAAAUCCAUUCCCAUCUCAGCUUCGUUACCUUCAGUAUGUAGCAAGAAGAAACAUAGCUCCGGAGUGGCCACCACCUGAACGAGCGCUUUCUUUAGAUUGUGUCAUUCUUCGAGCCAUUCCAAGCUUUGAUUCUCAGAAUGGCUGCCGGCCAAUUAUCCGUAUCUUUGGUAGGAAUCUCCUUAGUAAGGGUGGGCUUUCGACCCAGAUGUUGUUCUCCAUGGACAAGAAGAAGAAGAAGACCCUUCGGCAUUACUGCCAAGCAGACUGUGAUGUGAUUAAAAUUGACAUUCAGUGCUUGGUGCAAGGAGAUGUUGUGUUGGAGUGUGUUCAUUUUGACUUGGAUCCAGAAAGGGAAGUUAUGAUGUUUCGAAUAAUGUUCAACACAGCAUUUAUCCGGUCCAACAUACUGAUGCUUAACUCUGAGAAUUUGGACAUUCUUUGGAAUUCAAAGGAGCGGUAUCCAAAAGGUUUCAGAGCGGAGGUUUUGUUUGGGGAGGUUGAAAGCAUCUCUCCCCCAAAAGCUCCCAUUGCUAUUUUGAAUGGUGAGGAGAAAGGUGGAUUGCCAAUUGAAGCUUUUUCUAGGGUUCAAGAACUUUUCAGUGGUGUUGAGUGGGUUGAUAGCAGUGAUGAUGCUGCCUUGUGGCUACUUAAACAACUUUCUGUUUUAAGUGAUGUGAAAGAACUUUCAAAGUUGCAAAGUAAAGCAAGGUUAUAUUUAUCACCUGCUGAUUCUGAAGAAGACAAUAAUGCAUCUAGCACUGCCGAUAGUUCAGAUGAAGCAUUUGAUGUUCCCAAAUCUUCAACAAAUGUAACAAAAUUAGCAGCAGAGGACAUUUUUGAUUCAAUUCCCUUACCAUAUGAAAGUGAUGGUCAACAUGAUGUAAAUCUUGCUUCGGAACCUCCUGCAGCAGUUGGAAAUGAUCCAUCAUCUCUUCAUGACCAAUCAGCAAUUCCAAGUAAAGGAUCUCCACCUCCUCCUGCUAGUUACCCACCCCCACCACCUCCUCCCCCUCCUCCUCCACCUCCACCUGUUACUUCUGGCAAAAAUAUUUUGUCAAUGUCCCAUCAAUCAACUCCCCCUCUCUCUCUUGAUUCUAGUAGAGGGCCUCCGCCUCCGCCACCACCCCCUCCUUCAUUUAGCAUUCCCAACAGUCAUUCUCCAAUACUUGCCCCUCCCACUCCCAAUAGGGGUUGUCCACCACCUCCGCCACCCCCUCCUCCACCUCCUAGUGUUUCCUAUAAAGAUUCUUCUACGGAAUUUUCUAUAAUGAGUAAAUGCCCACCACCGCCUCCUCCACCACCACCUUUCAAUUCAUCUAAAUCUCCCCCACCUCCCCCACGUUCCUCUAUAUCUAGUCAACAAUCUAUAAAGCUGACAACACCACUAGCACCAGCUCCGCCACCGCCACCACCACCACCGCCGCCCUUGGCAAGUACAACUAACAAGUUGCAACCACCACCACCACCACCCCCCUCAAAAUUGCCUCCUCUGAGUUCUACAUCUAAUGUAACUUCCGUUCGUGGGGUGCCACUGCCACCUCCACCAGCUCCACCUCCACCUCCACCUCCACCUCCUAUUGUUGGUAACCGUAGUAAUGGCUCUAGGCCACCUCAACCUCCACCUCCCCCUCCGAUUGCUGGUAACUCUGGUAAUGUCCCUAGGCCACCCCCACCUCCCCCUUUGAUUGCUGGUAACUCUAGUAAUGUCCCUAGGCCACCUCCACCUCCCCCUCCGAUUGCUGGUAACUCUGGUAAUGUCCCUAGGCCUCCUCCACCUCCACUGUCUUCAGGACCUGCAAAGCCAGGUUUGACCCCUCCGCCUCCACCACCAGUACCAAAGCCUCCUGGUGCUCCUCCAUUGCCAAGUCGUAGUGCAACACCAGCUCCUCCCCUGCCACCUGGAGCAAAAGGCACUGGUGCGCCUCCACCGCCACCUCCAUCAGUAGGGAGAGGGAAGGCUUCUUUAGGGCCAGCAAGUCUUGGAAGAGGUCGAGCAGCUGGUGGGGCUACUCUUGCCCCAAAGAAAGCUUCACUAAAGCCCCUACAUUGGGUGAAAGUUACACGUGCAAUGCAAGGGAGUUUAUGGGCUGAUUCUCAAAAACAGGAAAAUCAGUCAAGGGCUCCUGAAAUAGAUAUAACAGAGCUUGAGAGUCUUUUCUCAGCGGCUUCUGCUUCAGAUGGGAGUGGCACUAAAGGUGGAGGUCGACGUGGUUCUAACAUGAACAAACCUGAGAAAGUGCAACUGGUCGACUUGCGUAGAGCAUACAACUGUGAGAUAAUGCUCUCAAAAAUAAAAAUUCCUUUGCCAGAUAUGAUUAGUGCAGUUCUGGCUUUGGAUUCUUCUGUUCUAGACAUUGAUCAGGUUGAAAAUCUUAUUAAAUUCUGUCCCACAAAGGAAGAAAUGGAAACGCUUAAGAAUUAUACAGGUGACAAGGAAAUGCUUGGAAAGUGUGAACAGUUUUUCCUUGAGCUGAUGAAGGUUCCGCGAAUAGAAUCUAAGUUACGAGUAUUUGCUUUUAAAAUCACAUUUUCUAGUCAGGUCAAUGAUCUGAGAAAUAAUUUGAAUACAAUUAAUGGUGCUGCUAGAGAGGUAAAAGAAUCUGCCAAAUUGCGACAGAUAAUGCAGACUAUUCUUACUUUAGGAAAUGCCUUGAAUCAGGGCACUGCACGAGGAUCUGCCAUAGGAUUCAAAUUGGAUAGCCUUCUUAAGUUAUCUGAUACUCGUGCAAGAAACAGCAAAAUGACUUUAAUGCAUUAUUUGUGCAAGCUCCUUUCUGAAAAAAUGCCAGAGUUACUGGAUUUUGAUAAGGAUCUUGGUCAUUUAGAAGCUGCCGCUAAGAUUCAAUUGAAAGCUUUGGCUGAAGAAAUGCAAGCUGUCAGUAAAGGUCUUGAGAAGGUUGAGCAAGAACUCGCUGCUUCAGAAAAUGAUGGAGCUAUCUCUGUGGGAUUUCGAAAGGUGCUGAAGAAUUUUCUUGACACCGCUGAAGCUGAAGUUAGGUCACUUAUAUCCUUGUAUUCUGAAGUGGGAAGAAAUGCAGAUUCAUUGUCCCAGUACUUUGGGGAGGAUCCAGCUCGGUGCCCCUUUGAGCAAGUGACACAAAUCUUGGUUGUCUUUGUUAAGACGUUCAAUAAGUCACGAGAUGAGAAUGAAAGGCAGGCUGAUGCUGAAAAGAAGAAAUUGGAGAAGGAAGCCAUGAAAGAACGGACAGCAGCUAAUUCAUCCACAAGGAGAGAUGGUGUUCAACAGAGCAGCAUGAAACAGCAUGAAACCCACAUAAAUUCUUAGGAAGAUGCAAGAGGCAGAUUACUUCUUGAAUAUGUCAGCCCAGCACAUUUGGGCUGACAUUAAUCGAUGGAGGUUGACUCAUGCAUUCAAAUUGCACCAACCCAAAAUCAGACAGCUGAAGUGGCAAGUUGCUGCUUUUCCGGGAAUCACUUUGGCAAUGCAGAUGUGUCUCACAAUGCACAGUUUACUUGUCCAAAAUCACGCAAUUUCAGGGAAAGUUGACACAUUUUGCUAUUAUCAGGUACAGCCUUUGCCUUUCAUGUAAAUCAAUGACAUUAUGGCCUGCUCAAAUUGUAUUCAAUCUGUAUAUAAUUUAGGAAAGGCACACUUAGCAUUAGCAGAGCGGAAGCCCUCUCCCCUUCUUCCCAACAAAAUGUCUCAUGCUAUAUAGAUUUAAAAUUUUGUAGCAGCUGCAAUAGUUGCAAGUUUAGCCGGUUGAUUCUUUUCUUUCA